AAGCACUAUCAACAGUGUCUGUUUGUGCUGCUCACUCUUUUCCUCUAAGCGCUUUGACUUUAUCUGUCUCCCCUUCUCCUUGGAGCCUACAGACCUCCAAGGACCUGUUGUCAAAUCAUGUUUCCACGCGCGUUGCCGUUGCUUCUGCUAUGUAUCUCCACAGGCUUGGCUGCCACACUUAUCCAGGCCUCUGUUGAUGGGGCGGCAGAGGAUUCGCCUGCUGAUGGGUCAGUUUUACCUGAAGCUCAAGCUGGUGAUACCCCAGAUGUUCGGUUAAAUGGGGAGUACCAGGCAGAACACAUCUUGAUGGCAGAUGCCCCUGUUGAGGGAAAACCUGCAGAGACCCAGAGUACCACACAAGAAUCUGAGGAUGAUUCGGACUGGGGCUUCGGUUCUAUCAGAGGGAGUUUCCAGGCAGUGAAUGGCUAUUUUGACUCUAUACUGGAGCUGAUGGGAGGCCGGGAUGGUGUAUGUCAGUACCGCUGUAGACAUGGUAAAGCUCCUCAGCCUCGAGCUGGCUAUCAGAUGCCAGAACCUGAUGGUUGUAGCACCAGUCUUCUUGGUUUCCAGGUACCGAACAGUUUUGAUAUGGGUGUUCCAGCCAUGACCAAAUGUUGUAACCAGCUAGACAUUUGCUAUGAAACCUGUGGCUCUAACAAGUACCGCUGUGACACCAAAUUCCGCUGGUGCCUCCAUAGCAUCUGUGGUGACCUGAAGAAGAGCCUGGGCCUCUUGUCAAAGGUUGAAGCAUGCGAGACCUUUGCGGACACCAUGUAUAACACUGUGUGGACUUUGGGCUGCAGGCCCUUCAUGAACGGCCAAAGGUCAUCCUGCUAUUGUGAAGGAGAAGAGAAGGAUGAGCUGUGAAGACCAAACCACAGAAACACACCACAUUCAAUACAUAUAAACACUUUACAGGUUUAAACUACUCCACACAAUGGGUCAGUAUUACCAUGAAUCUCAUUAAAACACACCCAGGUCACAUUUCACCACAAAA